AGUGGGCGUUUUAGCGUUUGUUUUGAUCGUGCUGUUUCCUCCGCUGCUUAUUCUUUUAAAGGCAUCAACUCUGAGCGUUUGGUGUCUGUGAUUGGUAAAGCAGGUGUUUACCUGCUUUACAUUUUGAUUUAAAAUGUGAUAAUUACUUCAGCGUUUCGUAAAUCCUCUCCGCUGUGAGACGCUCACUCCGUAUCAUUUCGCUACCUGUCCAAUCCUUCAGUAUUUCUUUCUCUUUUUUUCGUUGUGAAACAGUCGGAAGGAAAUGGGACUGUUUUGGUCAUAUGUGUACCGGAUAGUAUGAACGAAUGAAUUUUUAUUAUAUGAAGGCGAUGAGUAGGUGUUCCUCCUCUGCAAGGCAGGGAGUCAUGUCAAACGCUUCGUGUUCAUGUAAAUUGUUUCGUCCAUGGCAGGCCUUACCUGGUAGUGAAACAAGAAACAAUCUAGUGAAAACAUUUCUAGUGUUUAUUGUGGACAUAACGCUGUUAAAAAGAAUGGGAUGGCCCAUUGUUGAAAGGAGAGGGGAAGCGGCAACCCAUCAUCUUGCAGCAAAGUGUCACCAUGCUGGCGUACAUGGACAAGGAGAACCGAUCUGUUGCCCAGCAAGGUACGCAGCAGCAGAGUGGCUCGUUCCUAGACUCUUUUGUCACUGGCCACUCCAGGGACCUGCCCAUCCUAAUUGGAGCUGCUAUGGGUGCUGUGGGACUCAUUGUAAUCAUCCUGGCUGUAGUGGUGGUGUGGCACUGCUGUUCAAGAAAAACCACUAAUGAUAAAGCCUAUGUUGUGGAGAACCUGAGUCGCAGCAGCAGUGUAUCAAGACCACCACCCGCAAGUAUGGUGCAGAGUGACUCUGUGAUCUUCCUGAGUGCAAAACCUCGCCACCCGACUGGCACCCGGCUGGGUGGAACUACACCAGAUGGGACAGGCUCGGUUGAGAGCAUGUCACAGUUGCACUUUGGGCAUCAUGGCUUCAUAGGAGAUGUCGGAGGGGCACGUCCCUUGAGUGAGUGUGGGGUUCGUACAGCAGAUGUGCCCUACACUCAGCCAUCGUCUGCAGCCAGUCUUGAUGGUGAGGUUACCUUGCAGGUGCCUUCACUCAGCCAGUGCAGCUCCUACAGCCACCGCGGUUUGGAGGACUCGUACUACAAUGUCUAUGGCAGCAAUGACCUGACAUUGAAGACCAGAAGCCUUCCAUCAUGGGGCAAAGCCAAGCAGCGGCCCCUGUCCACUGAGGAUGACUUGAGUCAGCUGUAUGCUAAGGUGAAUUUCAGCAAACGACGCAAGAACCGCAUGCGCAAUGACAGCGCAGCUGCCAUUGCUGCCACGCGCAGCUUCCAGAACCAGCAGUGCUACCUGUCACCCUUCCAUACACUGCCAUCCGCACACACGGACACCGAUUCACUUGUUGACAAUGAGGCUGUGGUAGUUUAUGAUGAACGCACUGCCGUCUAAAACCUGUACUCAUUUCCAUCAGCCACAUUGGUUGCGAGGGAAGGGAACCACUGCUGGCCUUUAAUGCAAGCAAGGACCAACAUUCCUGUACUUGGCGUAACACUUGUAUCUCUGUCUUCAAGCCUCCAACAAAAGGAUUUUAGGCUCCUGCAGCUUUGUCACAAAUGUCUAGUCCAUUGCCUGACGAAUGUGCAAAGCAGUGCGACUAUACCAUGUAAUCUGUAUGUAUUGGUUAAUUUUGUGUUGAGUGGUCUCUCCCUCUUCCUCCCCCUCGUCCCCACUUCCCAAUUAUAAUUUUUUACCUACUUUUCAGUUUAUCAGUGUUGCAAAAUUGCAAGGCAUUCAAAUGACAUUGACAGAUAUUAUUAUUAUUAUUAUUAUUAUUAUUAUUAUUAUUAUUAUUAUUAUUAUCAUUAUUAUUAUUAUUAUUCACAUAAUGCCAACUUCGUUAUCUUUCUGGUUUGUAACUUACAGAUUCGAUUAAAGGAUGAUUGACUGGGCCUUAAGGGCAAUGGCCAUAAUUAUACAAAUGUCCAAGUUGUUAUUCUAAGCUAAGCACCAAUUGAAGAUCAACUGUCAUGGUAUUUUGAGUCUGUGUUAUUACCGGUCACAGAUUAGAAGCACAGUAACUGACUGAUUUCUCAGACCUGUAGGGGACUGCGGAAGUGUCUAAAAAAUUUAGCAUUCUGAAAAACAAAUUUAGAGAGAAAAUAUAUAUUUUUUUGCAUCGAACAACACUCUAUAGCAGCCAGAAAGUUUGACUCUUUUUAUUUGGUCUCAUGCUUAAUUGUGUCAAAUUGCAUUUUUGUUAAUCAUGUCUUUUGCAUUCUCCGAAUGCUGUCUGAUGCAUCCCAUCAUGAUGUGGUGAAUUGCACAGUUUGUGGCCUAUCUGUCUGGCUGUCAGUGACAGUCCACAAAUUCACUCAGGAGCUUAUCAUGAUGCACAAUGUUUUUCCAGUGUCCUUUGAGCAUGCAAGUGAAUUUACUGCUUGUGGUUGGCUGCACCACAGCAUAGCAUUUUUCAUAAGCCAUCACAUUGCAAGCUGACUGUGCUCAUACGUUAUCUGUCACUUAAUUUCCCGAGAUUGCCAACAGUGCAAUAUGGUAACAGACUGUUUGAUCACAAUGAAAAUUUCAGCUCAUAUAGCAUAAAUGUGGCCUCCAAAAACAUUGUUGAGAUCUUGAUGUCGCAGACAAUCAAUAGUUUUUGCAUUGAAUCUUAAUUACGUCAAAAUAACUUUUGUCAUCAGGCUUAGCAGCUAAACAGUACUCGGAAAUGCUACAUAAUGCUCUACCAUGAGAAAUGCAGCUAGUCCCGUUGUUAGCAACAGUUACAUUCACGACAUGGCACCUUUAGAUUUUGUUGGAACAAUCUAACAAACCGCUGCAUGGAUCCUGAAAUAUCAGAUGCCAUUCUGCGCUGGCCUUAUAGAACCCACAACAGUGCUUCUUCAAACUCAAAAUAAUUUAUCCGGUCUGAAAAAUCAGUCAGCUAUUCCUGUAACGGAGAGUGCAAUGGUCUAAAAUGCUCAUUUUGUAUACCAAACUCCCUCACUGCUUCAGCAUUGGCAUGCAUAUACCAUAACUGAAACAUUGUUGGGUGUUUGGGCAAAUUUUGACAUAGCUAGAGGAGCCUGGAGGAUUGGAAUCUGAUAAAAUAGAGCUACAGCCUAUGCUGUAUAUUCAGAAUAUAUUUUUAGCCAUCGUGUAGACCAAGCCUUGUGAGACACGAGAGUCGUAUUUUCACAUUGGUAUGCUAUGCAUGUCUUCUUUGCCACCCGUCCUAAAAAGCCUGUAAACAGCGGCAACUUAAUUAAUGUGACAGUGAGGUGAAAGCUACAGGCAAGUGCAGCUAGCUCCUACCUGAACAGUUCUGGUUUUUCCUGUCUGAGGAAGGGGUAUAGCUUGUACACACUAAUCCUGACUUCACAUAACAGGUUCAAUUGUCCGCUGCACCUGCUUUUGCAGAGGGAGAUGCUCUGCAACCUUCAAAUGUGCUUCCUCAGCAUUGGAGUGGUUUACUGUAUGCCUAGGGAGUAGGCAGUGCCUAUACAGCUGCGCUAUCACAGCAUUCAAGCACAUGUGUCAGGAAGAGUGCUGAAAUACUUCAAUUGAGUGCACACAGUGAGCUGCGAGACCAAUGUGUCAGGCAGUGUCUGGCUGCUGUGCCUCCUGUGGCUGGGCGGUGUCAUGCUGUGCCAUGUUCUGCCUGGGGAGUGAAUCCCAGCAUGCACUGUAGAGGCGCUGAGGUGCCACUGCUCUGAACUGUCAGGGUCAUCAUGCCUUUAACUCUCACACUAACUUAUGCGUACCACAGUGUAUGAGGAAAGCCUUCUAGGGUUUGCAUUUCAGCCAACACGAUGAGACAGACAAGUGCACACCAUAGUAAGACUUUUCGUGCGAAUGCUGGCGGUCAUUUUUGCACUGCGCAGAAACAAUCUUGCAUGCCCUUUCUUAAAAGCAUUUGCAGCAUAUUAGAUCUGUGUACUACGUGCUGUUGGCUGCUAAAUAUGCAAUGUCACGCUAACUUUUGAUACUUGUGCAGUGCUCAUUGUUUGGUGUUGGUUAGGGCAGUGUUACUGGUGAAUGCACUGGCCUUUGUCAGUGUUGUGGAGUAGGAUCCUAGGUGUGAAACCGCUUUGGUGUUUUCGAGCUUACAUUAUAUCCUGCUGAACAGAAGUGGAACAUACAAGUGCAUAUGCAUAUCUUCAGAUUUAAGUAGUGCAAAUAUGUGUGUGGAAGUACUCAUUCAGGUGAAAAGGAGCAGAGUUCACGAGAUGUUUUUAUGUGUACUUUGUGCAGACAAAUGAGGCUUUUAGGUAUUAUUACUCAGAUUUUGUGCUGAUAAUUUGAGAUGUACUGGUAUUCUGUAGUUGUGUCCUUUUAUUCACAACCUUUAGAAACUGCAAAUAUCAGGGACAAAUGGGUGUCCAAUUUCCACAUCUUGGCUAAAAUUGCAAGUGAGCAUUGUGUGAUGAAUGGAAGUGCUUUCAUCUCUUCAAAUAGAUUCCUUAAUUGUAUGUACAGAUGCAAGUGUGCUCAAGUGCACAUUCCCUUUACACACACUUAGUGGGACAGAAUGACUAAGGCUACAGGACAGUGUUCAACUUGGCUGGUUUCGCGUUGAAUUUGUUUUUGUUAACCUGCAUAUCUUGUGGGAAGUGUGUUUGUACAUAUAUCUUUUAAUCACAAUGUGCUUUGCUACAUGGUGCAAGCAGAUUUUUAUGCCACUGUAACUUGGCAGUUUAAGAACAAACUUACAUUUUGUUGUUUGUUUUUGUUAACAUUUCUUAACCAUUGAACAUUAGUGAAAUAUAUGCUGUUUGAUUCAGUACGUGGUAAAACAAAUAGUUAAUCAACAAUAAUAUUUUUUCCACUUAUGAAAUACUGUCAUCAGCUGUUUUCAAUAUUUCAGAAAGGGCCGUUGUUGUUUUUUGAUACAUUUGCUUUUUAAUUUUACAUUAUAAGUAUGUUUUCACUGUUCCUGGCUAUGACACCAGCUAGUCAAGAAACCCGUGGAGUAGAUGUCACCUAGUUUUCCUGCAAUAUGUUAACUGCAUGUCUUCCCCUCCCCCCUAUAACCCCUAGUCAAGCUUGCCAGACUUAAGGACACUUGAUCUUAACAUUGCGUUUUCAUCAAUUCAUUGUUUAACCAUUUCUUUUGUAGCCCUCACCUCUAUAUGCCGCUUUCACAAUAAUUUCGUUAUCUGUUGCACAGAAUGCCACACACUCGCAUGGAGCGUGCAAGUAGUGGGCUGUGCUUUACAUCAGCGUCUGCAAGUUACCCUUCAAUUCAAGGUUGCUCAUUUUUUAGUGUAAGUGGCCAGAGUGAUAGCACUGUGCUAGCUUUCAUGUAUCUUGCUGGUACUGAAUUGAUGAAGGCACUGUUUGCCCUUAUGCUUGCAGUGGUGACUUAGAGAGUACACCAUAACAAUGUGCGCUGUUGCCACCGCUUUCAUUUCUCUCUAGGUGGUAACCAAAUCCAAAAAAGAAAAAAGGCUUGCUGUAAAGCAGAACCUCUCCAAAGCAUUCUUUUUACAGGGUUGCAGGAAUAAGACAGUAGCCAGGGAAAAUGUACAAAGAGGUUGUUUAUCCCAUGGAGACCAGGUCUCAGUGACAUUAUGACUUGGAGAACAUAUUAGCGAGGCAUAUACUAGCAAGGUACUACUGUAUCCGCAUAUUCUCGGCACCAAGCUAUUUCAAACCCAAGCACAGGAGCUGGAAAAUAUUUCCGGCAUAAAGCACUGCCCGUUGCACAUGCUAUUCCAGUAAGUGUGCAGCAGUCUUGUGUGUAUGAUAAUACAGAGCUCUUAAGUGGGAGCUGGCUUUGCACUGAAAUUAUUUAAUGCCAUGGAUUGGCAGAGUGUCUGCCGUUCGUGCUCAAGUAGUUUAGAUGAGAACUUGGGUUGAGCAUUUAGAGCACAUUAGUAUAAGAAAGGCAUGCUACCCCACCAUGCUGAUGCAUCAUUGGCAAGGCAUGCAUCUGUGAGUACAUCUGUUUUAUUGUGCUGUGCAUGUUUGUUAAGUUUGAAAUUUAGCAUUAUAAAUCAUUUGUAUUGUUCAAACGGCUGUUUUGGGAUUCCUUGACCAACUAUUGUGAAGAGCUUUAAUGCCUUGUGAACCAUGGCAUAUAUAUUUACCAAAAACUCCAAAAGAAAACUUACUUCGUGUGAAUGCAGAUUUCUUCCUUGUGAUUAAUAUUGUGAUUAUGUGAUAGUUGCUGUAUUGCAGUUGUUUUUGUCUGUUUGUUGUUUUGUUGAUAAUAGCGAACAAGUUCAAGGGUGCUUUUGUGUGUGCAGUGGUACCAUUGUGUGCAUACUUUGCUUUUGUUAAGAAUUUACAUUUAUCCUUAAGCUGUUUUGUGUGUUUCAUUGCUUGGUUGUUCUGUAAAUAUCUGGACACCCAGAACAGAUACUUUGACUGAUCAUAGUGCUGUACCGAGGAACUUAUUGUUGUGCAUUGUACUCUAAGGGAAUUGUGCACUUUAUUCUACUUAAAUUUAACAUUGGCUGGGAGUGCACUGUGCCCUGUACUUUUAUUUAGCAAUUGUGUUGCACCUUGAUGCAAGUUUUCCUUCUUUUUCCUGGGUUGGGGUGUAGCACAGCUGCAUGUUAUUUGCUAAUGCUGUGUGGUAAGGACUGCCAUACAUAGCUAUGCUGAAACAUAAACAUACGCACAUCUGUGUGGUGGAAAAUUUAAGUUCAAGUAUUAUACAAGAGUUGUAUUCUUGUGAUGUCCCUGGCACGACUACUGCACUUGUCUGCAAACGAUGUAGCACCAAUAUUAAAUUUGAUGCUGUAGCUUUGUAAAGUGAAUAACUGUGAUGUCUACCUUCAGUACGAGAAAUUGUGAAAAACUGUUAUGGUUACAUUCUGUAUUGUGCUUCCAAGGUUUCCUUGGGUUCCAAAACCUUCUGCACUUCAUUCAGCAUACAAAUAUCACCUGCACAAUUAAAUGACCACAAAAUACAACUUAUUGCCUUUUCUUUUUAAUGGACUGUGAAAGUAAAUGUCGAAUUGUCAGGCAAAAAAUAUGAUUAAUUAUAAAUGUUGUUAGGGUGAUAUCGAACAUAUGUUUUACUUUUUGUUCUUGUAUAUUGGUUCAUGAAAGAGUAUUUAGAGAAAGAUUGGAUAUUAAUGGCCUCAUUGUCAACAUAUUGGUCUUAUUGUGCCCAAUCGGGAAGCUUCGGCUAACUGAUACAACUUGAUGAUGAAACUGGUGAAGUAGUGCGAAAAACAUGUACAGAAAGGAAGAUGUAAAGACGUGCACACUUGUGGCCCCUCUCACUUCCUCUCUUGGCAAGCUUUCUUUUUCACUGAUUCACCGGUCUAUUUUUCAUCGUCCUGGUAUUGUUGAUCACUUGAAUAAAAUUCAGGCAAUUCCACAUUAUGGGAAGUGCAAGUAUGUAAUAUUUGCUAAAAUAUAAAGUAUAUCCUAACAUUUUUUUCCUAUUGAAGCAUAAAUUAGCAGGAAAGCUUACUUCAGUUUAAAGGCAAUGUCUUUCUUGCCUAGUUCCUCCCAAUUUUUUGUAUCAGGUUUGCGUGUUUCUAGCUUCUUUCGUGGGCCGAUACCGAAGGUAGUGCUGUCUAAAGCUGUUCCCGUAGGUAUGUGCAGCAUAAAAAGUUGGAAGGAAAUUGGACCUCUAGUUGACGUUUAUGAAAAGGAAUGUUUUCCUGAGCAAGUUGUCUUCCAGAGCACAGUGGUACUGGUAGUACCAGCAAUACCAGCAGUACCAUUGCGCGGUAAUGUCAGUGGUAAGGAGAGCUUUGUCGCAUUUUUCCCUCGUGACAAUUUUGAGAGACUGCAAGCCUCUCGGAAUGAAUUGUUGUUGAUUCAUGCACCCCAUUCUCACCCCCAACUUGCCCAGGAAGACUCUUUCACCGACGUCAACUGAAGGUUGAAUUGCCUUCCAACUUUUUUACUGUGCACAGAUUGUGAGUGACAGUGGUUAGCCAUUUAUUACUGAUGUUGCAGCUCUUGCAAAUGUGAGUGAAGUGCAUUCCUGCGCUUCACUCACAUGCACUGCUUGUGGUGCGAAAGCAGCGUGAACAUACUUGAAGUCAUAGGGAUAAAAGCUUGUUGCUCUUGCAUUCAAAGUUGAGGAGGAAGUCGGUUUUUUUUCCCUGUGGUGAUGUUUUGUUACAAAUGCCUGCUAGUAACUACACAUUGUAAUACCUUAGUUGCCUUCACUCACUGCGCACAAGGCAUUAGAGUGCACUAAUGGCACUUGUGCUUUUUCAUACUGAAAUGCACUACUACUUUAGUAGAAAUGAAGCUGUCUGCAGCUCAAUGAAACAUGAAACUCCAGAAAAUAAUGGAAUCUAAGCAGUGAAGACUGUUGAGCUUCCAGAGUGUGUCCUUGGUCCUGUAUUCCAGUCAUAGCAGAAGUGUCCACAGAACUCCGGAUUUUGUUUGUGUGUGGUCUGUAGCAGCAGCGCUACUCAGGCAUGUCAGAUAUGUAGAAGAUUGCACCUGUGUGUGUAGAUCCUUUUAUACGUAUUUUUACACUGAAAGACACUUUCAUACAGUGGCGAACUUGUGUGUUUGUGAUUUACUUGUGUAGAGCAGGGCUGUGUGCAUUGGCCCCGCAUGUUAAGAUCACCUAGCUACCUAUAAUGUCACGGUCUAGCCAUGGGUGUCAUAUUUAUUGUGAAGCCAGAGCCUCUGGAAAUAACUUCGUACCCAAUGAAGUGGAAUUUUUAUUGAAAAAAAAAGAACAUGUAUUAGUGAUGUCAAUGGUUUCUUUCUUUUUUUUUUUUUUUUUUGCCGGAGGGUAGCCUACAAUUGUCAUACUUACCAAGACAUACCAUAGUAGCUGUGUCGGUGAUGCAUGCGAUUAGCUAUGGAGCCCAAUAUCAUAAGGUCAGUGCCCAUCUGCAGCAGCUGCUGCUUUUGAAUGAAGGGUGCAGUUUUGUAGAAACCAUUCUUGAAGGUCCCUGAUGCAAAUCAUGUGUAUAUCUUUACACAGUUCAACGUGAAGUGUCUUAUGCACUCUAGAUGAGGAACAACAUGCGUCUGGUUUGCAAAGCUUUCACUAGCUGCUUGCUUGCCUUCAAAAAUUUCAGCUUACAGCUGUGUCGAAACUGGACACUACCUGCCAACAGUUUAUGAGCAUCAGUUGUCUCCCUACCAUAACGGGGAGAACGGAUACAUUUUGAGUGCAUGGGGAAAAAAAUAAGGGGGUGGCUCUGUAGCGGGCCUUGUUACCACUGUAAUUAUGAACUUUGUUUACAAAGUGAUACAUGGGCCAGAGUAAAAUGUGAUUAUUUUCUUGUUUCACUCCUUUUUGCUCAUUGUAUCUGGCUCCAUCAGUGCCCUCAAUUGUUUUCACCCGUGUUGUCAUGUGGAGGAGUGAAUGGGGAUGUGAUGGAAUUGAGCUAGUGAAAUCUUUGCAUUAUACUGGCACAUGUAUUGCCACCGCCAUGCAUGCCUACAUCCCAUCAACAUUUGACAUUACAGAUUUUGAUUUUGCUAGGCAGCUUUCACUUGGAAACGGCAACUUUGCUGCUUUAACUAAAACUAGUAAGCUACUAGCAGAGAUCAUUUAAGUGACUACAUCAUUGUUCAAGUCUCUUUCCUUGCUUUCCUGUUGCUUCAGCUCCGGUCGCCUCUACAAAGUUUGAGUAGCCUAGGUUAAUUUAAAUCCUGCCAUUAGUGCACCUCAUAGGCUGUAUCUUGCAUUUGGGUGUAAAACUCUAAAAGCAGUUGUUCAAGCUGGCUGGUCGCACCUUUGUCAGGAUAUGCCAAGAUGUAAGGUUUGUUAUUAAAGUAAUGAGAAUUUCAGAGCCUUUAAGCGAUAAUGACUCUUAGCCCCCUUAACUAGUAAAUGUCUAACCAUAGGCAGAAAAAGAGAAGCAAAACGUUUGCUGAUAAUACUUUUUGUAAAGUGCAGGCUUUUGAAAUUAGUAUAUAUUUCUUAUAUGCUGUAUUUUUGUGUUUCGUCUGAUUUUCCAGUGAGUGGUACAUGUGUCCACACUUCUAUCCAGAAAAUUUGAUCAGUGCACUGGGAAGCAAAGAAAGCAAUGUUUUUGCGUUGGUUUGAGAGAGUGUGCUUGUGAGCAGAGGUAGCCACAUGGAUAUGUGAGCCAUGUAGGCUUGAAUCUUGAAGCUCCUUUGGUAUUGCUCUUUUUCUGCUCAGCAGUGCAUUGAACUCCAAUCAACUUCUAUCAGGGAGGUUUGGUCAUGGCGCUGAGCUUAUCUUGAGUGCCUUUCUUGUGGAAUGACAAAGCUUUAGUGUGGUGAAAUGCACCUUUGCAACUGGCUGUCAGCAUGUGACAAUCAUUGGGCUCAUCCUUACUAGCAAAGGCUUGCACUUAAAACAGAUAAGGUCUCCUGAAUGCAUGCUUGAUGAGGCACACCCCUCUGUACAAAUGUUCAAAAUUGCAGCAAAUCAAAGCAGUGCCGUGUGUAGCAAAACUAGACAUGUAUUAGUUGGUGCCUGCCUCCUCCUGUCUGCUAAAGCCAUUUGAAAUCCAAAGUUGGAAGGGCUCAUAGGUAGAUGAGAGACUUGGAUUUGAUCAACACUGAGCAGACAAGGAAAGUACUGGGCCAGCGCCAACAUUUCGUCACAAGGGCAUAUGUUUGUGGGGCCUUCCUCCUUUGCUAUAAUCGCUAACUGCAGGUUUGUGGGCAUUGGUACUCGGGGCUCUUGUUUGUCAAGCGCAAGGGUCUUGUUGCAUGGUUGGUUCUGAAGUGCGGUCACCAUGGUCAGUGGAGGGAGACAACUUGGCACCACUGUUGGUGUAGUUGGCACUGCUGCAAUUGACUGAACUGUAGCAUCACACGCAAACUAGUUUCUUUAGGCUGACAAAAGAAAAAGACGUCAUGCUGUUGCCCCACAUAUUUACAAAAUGUACUAAAGCAGUGAUUGGCGAAGUUGUAUUACAUGCAUGAGAACAUUUUUUUUCUCGCAAUGUGCCAGUGCUAGACAGUGUACCAGUUGUCUAAACAGUGUUCACUGAAAACCUCAAAAUAGCUUUAGUCUUUGUAUGUUACUGCUUGAAUGACUUUGUGUUGCCUUUUGUUCCCAUGAAAGAUCUUUUCGAUUAGUACUUAGGUAGGCCAUCUGUGAAGACAUGUGUCCAGGAUUUGUGGUUUAAAUUGACUGAACCGUAAACUGGCACGUUAUAUAAGUGAAGAUAGUGUUUGUGUGUUUCGGCAGUGUGAAAAAAUUAUGGGUGUGCAAUAAAAUGCCUGAUUUGGUA